AUGAAAGACACCCCGGCGCCGGUGCCAAGACUGGCGGUGGCCUUACCGGCAUGCAAAGACGGCUUGGAGACCACUGUCAUCUUGCUCAGGAAAUACAAGAGUCUCGACCACUUCGCAUACGAGCGUAAAGAUGUUUGGCACAUUGGACUUGGCAGUCGUUCUUCCCUCCGAGCCGAUCCGAAGGGGGAGACCGCAUGGAUUAGUGGACAGGGGAAGGAACGAAACUGCCUCAUUCCUGGAUUUUUGACGGAUUUUGUAAAAAACUUUGUCACAGAGCAAUCACAGCAACACGAAGGGCGGUUAUUCGGCCAAGUCGGCUUUAACUAUGGUGCUCACGUUCGAGGGCAGUCGUACACUCCAGGGCGUUGGCCGAUCCUCAGUAUCAUGGUUCCAGAACUGGAAAUCACCGUGAGACCGGAGGGCAUCACUGUUCAGGGAUACGAUGAGGAGCUUUUGACAGAAGUGUGCGACUUUCUUAGCGGUACAUGUGCACCGUCUAUACAAGUCAGAGAUCCUCAACCAGUCAGCACUCAAUGCAAUGAAGAAGAGUAUAAGGUCCUCGUCUCGAAAGCACUCAAAGAAAUCAAAGCAGGGAAAUACAGCAAGAUUAUCUCGUCUCGGUCCGUGGACCUCGAGAAACUGGUUGACAUGCCAUCAACCCUGCUUCAUGGACGUCGUGCAAACAAUCCAGCACGGAGCUAUACACUCAAUCAUGGUGGCUUCCAAGCAACAGGUUUCAGUCCAGAACUUGUGAUGGCUUUUCAAAAAGGCAGAGUGGUCACCGAGCCACUAGCAGGAACAUGCUCACGAGUUGGAACAAAGGACGCAAUCCAAAUGUUACGCCAGGAAUUGAUCAGCGAUCCAAAGGAAAUUGUUGAGCACGUAAUCUCAGUCAAAGAGGCCGUAUCUGAGCUCAAUCAGUUCUGCGCUCCUGACACAAUCUGUGUCAAGGAUUUGAUGACCAUCAAGGAUCGAGGAAGUGUUCAGCACCUCGGAUCUAGUGUCCAUGGACAACUUUCUUCGAAGGCAGAUCCAUGGACUGCUUUCAAUGUCUUGUUUCCAUCCAUCACAGCGACUGGAAUCCCGAAGGACAUAGCCCUUGCGGCAAUCGACCGUCUCGAAACCCGGCCGCGGGAGCUCUAUUCUGGAGCAGUUCUUCUCAUCGACCCAAAGGAAGACUUCUUCGAAGCUACGUUGUGUCUUCGCAUAGUCCUUCAGGACUCAACCAACUCCUGGAUCCAAGCUGGAGCUGGUAUCAUUGCUCAGUCAAAUCCGGAGAGGGAACUUACUGAAACGCACGAGAAGAUGGCAAGUAUUGCUCCAUACAUCGUGUAUGAGGGCAAGUAG